UCCAAUUGUUGCACAGUUGUAAAAUCUCUGGCUUUCUUCCCCCUUUAGCUCCUUCUCUCUUCCCCAUUUCUUUCUUUCCUGGAUCUUUCAACACAAUCUCUCCAUAAAUCAUUCCAAAAAAAUCAUAAUAAUCCUUUGAUUCUGUGAUUUUUUUAACACAUUUCUUUUCAAAUCACUCAUUUAUACCCUUUUUUUUUUUUAAUUGAUCUGCAUUAUAAACGGUUCUUGAUUUGAUCACAUCUUGAGAGAUUGUUAAAAGGGAAAGAUCCUUUCAUCUUAUAAAGAAGUGGGUCACAAGAAUGCCCCUCAAAUUUAUUGCCUUGAUUGAGUGAAGUAAUAGGAAUGCAUAGCAUUGUUUGCUCUUAAAAAGUCCGCAACAAGAAGCAGGGGAAGUGGGAGGUGGCAAGGAUGGGGCACUAAAUGAGCAACAGCUGAUUGGUCUUAUAUUCAAAAGCUGUCCGUUUAGAGGAAGUUUUCCCUGCAAGUUUCCCUGAGGGCCUUCUGCCUAUUUGUGCUUUAAAUUUCUUGUUUUCUGGUGUUUAGCUACAAAAUAAGAAAAAUGAUGUUCUAGCUGCCAUUUUACGUACAAAGAAGAUGGCGUUUCGUUCCGAGGGAGCACAAACGGAGGAUUACCUUUUCAAGAUUGUUUUGAUUGGUGAUUCAGCUGUUGGGAAAUCAAAUUUGCUUGCUAGAUUUGCUCGAGAUGAAUUCUAUCCCAACUCAAAAUCGACAAUAGGAGUAGAGUUCCAGACCCAAAAGCUGGACAUAAAUGGGAAGGAGGUCAAAGCACAGAUAUGGGACACAGCAGGUCAAGAACGGUUUAGGGCCGUAACUUCUGCAUAUUACAGAGGCGCAGUUGGAGCUCUUCUGGUUUAUGAUAUUAGUAGACGCCAAACUUUUGAUAAUAUUGGUCGAUGGCUUAACGAACUUCAGACUCAUUCUGAUAUGAACGUGGUUACAAUACUCGUUGGCAAUAAAUCUGAUCUGAAAGAUGCGAGGGAGGUUACAACAGCAGAAGGCAAAUCCUUAGCGGAGGCACAAGGUCUAUUCUUUAUAGAAACAUCAGCUUUGGAUUCUUCGAAUGUAGCUGUAGCUUUUCAAACAGUUGUUAAAGAGAUCUAUAAUAUCUUGAGCCGGAAGGUCAUUCAAUCGCAAGAACUCCAAAAAAAGGAUUCCGGGCGACUGGCAAAUGGAAAAACCGUGGUUUUGCAGGCAGACGAAAACCAAGAAGCAGAGGCACAAGCGAAGCAAGGCGGAUGCUCUUGUUAACAUCUCUUUUCCUGCCCUGUUGUAAUUUAAUAUCUAUUGUUGCUUUUUGAAAUAUUAUGGGGGGAAACAAAGAAGUUAGAUUUCAUUCUGUGCUAUGGGAAAGCAAACUUCCAUUAGAAAAAAAAUGUAAAUUAUCCAAAGUGGAGAAGAACCUUUUUUUGAUGGUUUGUUUUUGAGCUGUCAGUUUUCACUGGUACAGCUUCUUCUCUUUUGUGCUUUCAAAUUUGUGCUGCUUCUCUAAUUUGAUGUGCUAAAUCUAUAUAAUGAGUAUUGGGUGGAUAAA